UUUCUCUGCAGAAUUGACGGUCUCGUGCCGGUUCUGGUGGAUCUUCUUGGCAAUGUCGAUGGCGGAAAUUGCGAGGAUGUUGUUGUGGUUGAGCAGACGACGAGGCUGUUGCAUUUGAUUCGUAAUGAAAUUCAGGAUAAGGAGCGGUUGAUGGAGUUGAUGCUGAAGAGCGAUCGGAACUGUGUGUCGUCUCUGCUUCUGGUUCUGCAGAAAGGAAAAGUGGAAUUGAAAAUUUGUUCGGCUAAUCUUUUGGAGCAUAUCGCCAUCAACGCCGAGGCGAAGAUCUUAAUAGCUGAAAAAGAUGGAUUGAUACAAGAAUUACUGAAAUUAAUCAACACUGAAAACGAUUCAACCAUAGUGGAAUCGGUUCUGUCAUGCCUAAUCUCGAUUUCAAUGCCGAAACGAAUCAAAAUUAAAAUAGUAAAUCUCGGAGUGAUCAAACUAGUGACGAAGCUGCUGUGGGAGCCGAACCCGGUUUCGAUGACGGAGAAAGUUCUGAAGGUGCUGGAAACGGCAUCGACGGUGAGGGAAGGGCGGACGGAGAUCUGUGAGGACUCGGCGUGCGUGGCGGCGAUAGUGCAGAAGGUUCUGAAGGUGUCGAACACGGCGACAGAGCACGCGGUGACGACGCUGUGGAGCGUGUGCUAUCUGUUCAGGGACGAGAAGGCGGCGGAGGCGCUGACGAAGGCGAACGGAUUGACGAAGAUAUUGCUGCUAAUGCAGAGCAAUUGCUCGGCGGCGGUGCGGCAGAUGGCGAGAGAUUUGCUGAAGAUUUUCCGGAUCAAUUCGAAAUCGUGCCUCUCAAGUUACGAUACCAAAACGACGCAUAUCAUGCCAUGUUAAACGCCGAUGCUUUCUUCUUCUUCUUCUUCUUCUUCUUCUUCCAUUCCUUACAUUUGGAUUUCUCUCUAUAACUUAUUGUGGAGAUCUUGGGAGAACUUUUCCCUUUCCUGUUCUGUAAAUCAAAGAAAUUUUGUCAGUGAAUACAAACAAAAUUAUUCCAUUUUCAA